GUUUUUGUCCGGUGGUCGUGCUGUGCUCUCCGAAACCCUAAACCCUCUCGGCCAGUUGACAGUGCAGAGCGGUUGCGCUCGAGGAGGGAGGAAGGGGACGACGACGAGGAGAGAGUGGAGAGCGCGGAGGUGCGAGUCGGUCGAAUUCCAGGGGAAAUUCCAGCGACUGAUUUUGGGACGAAAUCUGGAGGACUGGGACGAGGCUGGUCGAGAUGGCUGUGAUCGGCACGGAUUAUGUGCCCGUUCGGCCGAAGCUCUAUCCGAAAUCUCGCGAUUCGCUCACCGUCGACUCGAAGUUCUGGAAGUCGUUCAAAGCGCAGCGCACCGAGCAGCAGAUUGCUGCUGUCAGCAGCAUUCAUUUCAGUCCGGUGUCGCCGUAUGAUUUCGCCGUGACCUCCUCGACCAGGGUGACGAUCUACAACGGGAAGACGAGAGAUGUGAAGAAGAACAUUUCGCGCUUCAGCGAUGUCGCUUACUCGGGAGCGUAUCGAGGCGAUGGGCAGCUGAUUGUGGCCGGGGGCGAGUCGGGGCUGAUUCAGGUCUUCGAUGCCACGAGCCGAACUGUCCUUCGGCAGCUCAAGGGCCACAAGAGAGCCGUGCACUGGGUCCGCUACUCGCUCGAGGACCGGCUGCACGUUCUUUCGGCCGGCGAUGACAACUCGGUGCGAUGGUGGGAUGUGGCCUCGCAGACUCAGCUGUUCAAGAUGGAGCAGCACACCGAUUACGUGCGGUGCGGGGCGUCCUCGCCCUCGAGCGAGUACACAUGGGCGACAGGAUCCUACGAUCACUCGGUGCGGCUGUGGGACGUGCGAGCGGCGAAAUGCGUUCUUCAGCUGAAGCAGGAGACUCCUCUGGAGGAUGUCAUCUUCUUCCCAUCCGGGGGUUUGGUCGCCACUGCGGGUGGCAAUGUCGUCAACAUCUGGGACGUAGUCGGAGGUGGAAAGCUUCUGUACUCGCUUGCAAAUCACCAAAAGACCGUGACGAAGCUAUGUUUCACCUCCCCGGACAUAGCCGGGACGCUGUCACCUCGCCUCGUCUCAGCUUCGCUCGAUGGGCACGUGAGAAUGUUCGAAUUGGAGAAAUUCAAGGUCACUCACGCGGCCAAGUACAGCAGUGGGUCGAUCUUGUCGAUGGACAUUUCGCCUGCGUGCACUACUCUCGUCGUGGGUAUGUCUAACGGAGCGCUGGCCAUACGAGAUCGCCGAAAAGUUGCGGAGCUGGAUGAUCUCUCGGCUCCGGCCCUCCCGGCACUAGGAGAAGCAGCAACAGGCACAGAGUUGAUGGGUAUGGAGCCGCUGAAGCCGCCGCCGAAGAAACCUCUGAAUCCCAACAGUCACCGCUAUUUUCUUCGUGGUCGCACCGAGAAGGCGUCGGAGAGCGACCACUUUUAUGCUCGAGAGAAGAAGAUAAAUCUGACGAGAUACGAUGUGUUCCUGCGCAAAUUUCGUUACAGGGACGCGCUCACCACUGCUCUUCGGACUUCUGAUCCCAAAGUGGUUGUGGCGGUCAUGGAAGAAUUAGUUGCCCGGAAGGGUCUGGUGAGGGCGCUGACCAACUUGGACAACAUGAACCUCGUCUCUCUCAUGAGCUUCCUAGCGAAGCAAGCAAUGUUCCCGAAAUACGCCAGGCUCUUGAUUCCUGUCACUUUGAGGGUGUUGGACAUGUACGAAGGCACUUUCAGAUCUAUUCCCGCCAUCAACAGACCGAUAGCUUGGUUGAAGGAGAGAGUGACGCAGGAGGUUCAGUUGCUCGUAGCUCUUCAAGUUCUCCAGGGAACUCUGGAACCUCUGCGACAGACUGCCACCCUCUCGUAAAACUCCUGACUUGGUUGUGUUCAUGGGUCUUGAGCUGGCUGCGUGAGCCAGGUUUAGCACAGCAACCUCUUCCCCACUUGAGCGAGUCUGAAUCUACUCACGUCGGGUUCGAUGCAAAUUUAAAUUUGGUGGGGUAUCUCUGUAGCUCCUGUUCAGCAGUGAGUACUGCUGAAAUCGAAUGCCGCAGUGUUUCUGCCACAGGACUGAUGCAUAAAUGUAGAUAAUUCUUCAUCCCUGGGCGAGACUGGGGAAACGCGCAAUUGCAGGCCAUUGCAGGGAAGGCUGUGGAUUUGACAGGUUGGCUUCAAACAUCACAAUUGCCAGUGACCGGGCAUCAGCCAAAGCGAUAGUUAGGUAGUGGUUACGAUCAAGUUUACUUUCAGGAUGCACACCAAGUUCGGGAUGAAAAUGCUUGCGGUUCCAUCUUCUCGGGACGGGGUUCUGCGAACAUCUCCGAAGCUGCUGUGCACAACGUCCUCUCGAUUAUAACUGAAAGGGUGUAGAAUGGAGAUUCUGGGAAGGGAUGCCCUGUCGCCUUUUACCACGAGAAGUGAGCUGGACACCCGCGGGUAGUGGAAAGUUCGGUGGAAUAGGCGGUAAGCAGACGAGUCUCAAUCUGUUUCGGAUUUCCUUGAGCUUGUGAGGUCUGACUUUGUUACGGACGAUGUGGUUGUUCCCUACUGCCUUGUUGCCCAUUGUGGGAGGGUUUUUCCCACUGUCCUGAGUUAUACAAUUUUCACUUGUACAGUAGCCGGAACUCACUACAAAAGUAGUGAGAAGUCAUCCAUCGUAUGGAAGUUGUUCAUACUGUCGUGAAGGAUUGAUAGCAAGCUGAAUUCCUUCUGUGUGAUCCUGUUCUGUUUGAAAUCACAUCUGCAUACAGGUGACUUGGCUCAGAGUGGGAUCUGUCCGAAGAUGUUCGGAUUGUUGUAUUUUCAGUAGGCUGCCACUGAUUGCCAGAAAUACUUGUAGCACUCCAGUUUCUUCAAUUGAUGCAAUUUUUCUGCUAUCAGCAGACUGAAAGAGAAAAUACGCAUGAAAACCUGGACUAGUACACGUAAAUGAGUGCGGUAGAUCUCUAAGAGAGACCGUGUUCAAAUUUGCUUUAUGUUGAAUCACUAGGUUGCAAUCUCUGGUUACAUACUUCGAAAUUCAUUGGCAGUAGGUCGAUCUAAGGAGUUUAAAUGCACUUCGUUAACAGAACUGUAGGUUU